CGUUUUCGAGACACAAUCCAAUAAAAGGGAGUAUAUAAAAUUAAUCAGUCAUGUAGAAAAUUGAUUCAUCAAUUGGAUAUAAUUAUUGGUUUAGCUCUGAGGGUCCUAGCUAGCUAGUAAUAGCUAAUCGAAUAUCAAUAUCGAGCAAUUAGAUUAAUGCUCAUGGACACAGAAUGAUUAAUCCAUUGUCAGCCACUGGAAUCAAAAUGAUUACCGACGUGCAAUUGGCAAUCUUCUCCAACGUUCUGGGAGUGUUUUUGUUUCUCCUGGUGGUGGCUUAUCACUACAUCAACGCCAACACGGGUCUAGCCCAAAGGCGAAAUGAUCGACCAUGUUCACGGAAAUUACCUAUACUUUUAUCUUAUAAUGCUGCUUCAUUCGCAAAGUAAAUAGUUAUGUAAAUCUAA